UCCUGGUAGCGUGAACGCCUCAUUCACUGUAAGGCUCCAACAUACAUUUUAAACAGGGUAUUGUUGUCGAAUGAGUUCAUAAAACUCGUAGAACGCAGAGGGACGUCAUCGCACCCCCACCCUUUUUUGUGUGGACCUCUUGCAGUGUUUGCCGUAAGAUCAUUUUAUUUAUGGAGUUCAAUGUAAAUACUUGGGCGUGAGCCGGGCGGACCAACUGAGGGUUUCUUUGAAACAAGGUGGCAGGUGGGAAAAGGCGACCUACGGAGUAACGACAGCGUUAAUGAAACUUUGUUACCGAUUUCGUUAUGGGGAUGCCAUAUGCCACGUUAAGAUAAAGACCAAGACGACUGUGUUGAACAUGCUAAAGCGAUUGGACAAAAUCCGGUUUCGGGGCCAACGGCCAGAUGUGUUCCUGGAUCUGGGUGAAUCGCCCAACACAUCUGACACUGAAUGUAGCGAAGAGAUCCUGAUGAAGCCUAAGCCCUUGCUUAAAAUUAAAGACACUGAAGAACUGCAAGACCCUGUGAGUGCUCCUGCUGGUCCGGGGACACUUGCUAUGGCCGCAGCCAUCCAGGACUAUCAGAGGACUGAAACAGAUGGAUUCAAUGAGGUGAAAGGCCACCUGGAAAUUGCCUUACUGGAAAAGCACUUCCUACAGGAGGAGUUGAGGAAACUUCGAGAAGAAACCAAUAUAGAGACACUGAAACAUGAACUGGAGAAAGAGAGAUCGAAAAGGCUGGACUUGGAACAGAAACUGAACUUAGAAGUUCUCAAAACGAGGUGCAAAAUCGAAGUGACUUCCGAAGAUGAGGACCAAGUGGGGGAGUGCGGUGAUGUAAUGUCCAUAACAAAAGAAUCAUUGUGGAAUCUGAAAAGACAGUUUCUAAAGAAAGGAAUGAGAUCAGAAGAUUCCGCACCACAGCCACCCAGAGCAACACCUGCAGCUCCCACAGCCAACAGUACAGGUCAGCCAGAAACGGACAAGCAGAAGGAGACCAUGUACUCGCGGCUGCAGACGUGGCUGUACGACCGGUUUGGAGCGUACAUCGAGGACUUCCGCUUCCAGCCGGAGGUGAACACAGUGGAGCCAGAUGAGCCGCUAAGCGCUAAGAGAUUGACUGAAAACAUGAGACGACUCAAGCGAGGUGCCAAACCUGUCACUAACUUCAAGAGGAACCUUUUUGCCUUAUCCAGCUGGCACUCCGUGUAUACGUCAACCUUUGCCUUCAUUAUCUAUGUGAAUGCAGCGUGGCACGGUUGGGCCAUCCCCUUGUUUCUCUUCCUAGCCAUUCUCAGGCUGUCCUUGAAUUACCUCAUUUCCAGAGGUUGGAGGAUCCAGUGGAGUAUUGUGCCGGAGAUCUCUGAACCUGCGGAUCCACCAAAGGAGGAUCUGACUGUUUCAGAGAAGUUCCAGUUAGUUCUUGAUGUUGCUCAAAAAGCACAGAAUCUAUUUGGAAAGAUGGCAGAUGUCCUGGAGAAAAUAAAGAACCUGUUCAUGUGGGUGCAUCCUGAGAUCACUCAGAAGCUCUACAUCGGUCUGUGGGUGGCCUUCAUCUGCUCCUGUCUCCUACCCUACAAACUCAUGGGCUUCAUGAUGGGGCUGUAUGCAGGGAUCAAGUUCUUCAUCAUCGACUUCCUGUUUAGGAGCUGUCCCAAGCUAAGGGACAAGUAUGACACGCCCCACAUCAUCUGGACCAGCCUGCCCACAGACCCCCAGCUGAAGGAGCGGGGGGGCGCCACACUGUCCAGACGGCUGUCUGGGUAUGAAAAGAUUCAGCCGGCGGUAGCUCGUGGGAGCCUAGGGACAGGCCUAGCAUGCGGUACCAGUCUAGAGGAACAGACUGGCAGGGUCUACAAUACUAAGAAGGGUUCUUUCCACGAGGUCUUCAAUCUAUCCGAGGAUGAGCGCCCUCUAGCAGUGUGUGAGAAUGGCUGGCGAUGCUGCUUGAUCAACAGGGACAGGAAGAGUCCCACUGACUACAUCCGUAAUGGGGUGCUCUUUGUCACUGAAAACUACCUUUGCUUUGAAAGCUCAAGCUCCAGGUCAAACUCCUCUAAAAAGAAUAAAGUCAUCAAACUGAUUGACAUCACUGAUAUUCAGAAGUACAAAGUCUUGUCUGUACUGCCUGGGUCUGGAAUGGGAAUCUCCAUAGCUACACCGUCCACCCAGAAGCCGUUGGUGUUUGGUGCCAUGAUCCACAGGGACGAGGCCUUUGAUGCCAUCUUCACACAGUACAUGAAGACGGCGACCAUGACUACAGCCAUCAACCCUGAUACCUAACAAACCAAGAUGGCUGCCUUCACCAGGGACUUCCUUACUGACACAGAGACAUAGCUAUGUAGUACACCGAGAGCCACCACUGCUACUGGCCAUUUAUUACAUAUGAAAAUAUGUUAAGCUAGUAUCCAUGCCAAGGUGGUGGAUUCCUCCACCAAGCCAGGGAGCCUUGGCACAUAGAUUAGCAUGUGAAUAUGGUAUCCACUUGAUCUGAGGCCUCGUCCAUCACUAUAGAGCCCAAGGUCUUUCUAUCCUCUCGCUGAUGACUCAAGCUCCUCAUUGGGUCUAACUAAGGAACUACGACUCCUGGACCCGCCCACCAUUGCUGCCUCCUGCCUCCUAUUGGUUGGGUCGAGGCUGUUGUGUCAAGGGAUAGAGCCACACUUGGUUCUUGUUUAGCUGUUUCUCUGCACUGAGGUUUUCAGUGUGUCACAGGAGGUUGGUGGCACCUUAAUUGGGGAGGAAGGGCUUGUGGUAAUGACUGGAGCAGAAUCAGUGGAAUGGUAUCAAAUACAUCAAACACAUGGUUUCCAUGGUUUCCAGGUAUUUGAUGCCAUUCCAUUUGCUCCGUUCCGGCCAGUCUUAUGAGCCGUUCUCCCCUUAGCAGCCGUGUGUGUGUGUGUGUGUGUGUGUGUGGUGGUUAUACAUUUGUCAUCUAUUGUGCUGUUUCAGGAGGAGGCUGGAUCUCCUUGUCUGUCUGACAGGAUUGUCUGUCACUCCCAUAGUGUGUAUCGCAUGCACAUUGGUGCCCAUUGCUCCACUGAAUGCCCUCCGCUUCUGCCUUCAAUAGGAUUGAUUUUGAUUGAUAUAGAUAUCACUGGUGGCCUUGCACAGGUCUUAGGCUACACAUUUUUUAAAUGUCAGUUAACAAGUGCACCAGAAACCACGCCUUGUUAUGUUAAAAAAUAGUGCUCACGUUUAUGAAAACCUCAAGCCUUCAUGUGCCCCAGUUAAUGAUAUUUUAGUAGAAUUUCAUCAAGAGCCUUUAUUUUGAGGGAUGGAACAGGAAUAAUGUAUAGAUGGGCAGCUAAAAGCCUGGGGAAUGCUGGAGAUAUUGUAGGGAAUAACCUUCUCUCACACAUUUGUGUCUUGUUAAAGGAAAGGUAUGGAUUUACAUGUACAUGUUAAGGAGUCAUGAUGCAUUCAUACGCACCACAUAAACAUGACAUAGUAUUUCUGAAGCCUUAGAGUGUGUUUAUUAUGUAGAUCAGUAUGUGAUUUAUAAUAUGUGACAUUCUACAUGUACCUAAUUGGCUUAGUAAAACCAUGUAGGUGUUAUGGAGUGUUUUUUGGAAUGUGUUGCGAGAACUUUAUUGGACAGAUUACAUGUAAAGCAAUACCAAAACAAGCUAUUUCCAAAAAGCAGAAGCCUUUUCUACACUGCCUUGUUCAACCACUCAAUGAAGCCUUCUCUAAUCUUCUCACAGGUGUAGGUCAGGAUUCAAACCAAUGAGGCACUGUACUUUUUGCUUUCCAUUAAUUCUGAGGUGUAACUUCACGGAAAUUGCCAUUGGAUCACGAAUCUACACGUUCUUAAAAUGUAUUUUUUUAAAUUUCGACAACUUAAGUGCAGUGUAAUAUCGGUAAUUUGUGCUAGUUUGAAUCACGAUCCGAAAUGGUAAUGGUAGUGGAAAUGGUAGUAACACUUCAUUUUGGGUUUUGACACCAAAUGGUAGAGGGGUUUGAAGUAAACGCUUAACUAUGUUCUAGCUGAACACAUACUAGUGACUCUAUCUAACUGGACAUUUUCUGUUUGAUGCCUUUAGUGUACGUUUCUUUAGGCGUAUGUACAGGAUACAUGGUAUACACCGUCCAACAAAAUGCUGACUUGCAGAUUCCUUCUCGACAAUGCAACAACAAUAAAUCAUUUAAUAUAUGAAUACAAACAUGAAGUAAAUGUCCCAGUAGAAUAGAUUAAACAUUUGAGCAUAAGUAUAAUGCAGGAAGGCACCAUUUUUAGUCCAAUGUUGACACAUGUUUUGGGGAAGGGGGGAUUGGGUGGCAAGCGUUUAAAUUGUGCAGUACGCCAGGGUGUGUCAAACUCAUUUUGCCCCGGGGGUCCGCAUUCUGUCUUCAACGAGGUCUGGAGGGCAGCACAGAAUAAAUAAAUAAAAAUCCUCGCUCUCAAAA